AUCCAAACUUGAAUCCUAAAGAUUCUCUUUCACAUGUAAAAUAAAACCUUUUUUUACUGCUUUUUCCUCCCAUAGCCACCCACCCAACAACCGCCUCUGCUUAGCAAAUGUCCACCGCUUCUCCGCCCCCGGAAGAAUCAACCUCCGCCGCCAGCGGCGGCGACGACAAGCCAGAGGGCGGUCAUCGCUCCGGCGGCGGCCCUCGGCGACCACACAUUUCGUGGUCAGAUUCCUACACCAAGGCCCACGCCGCCAUCCAAGCCCUCACGUCCAUCGUCUCCGACGUCCCGGCCUCCCUCUCAUCGUCGGAGACCCCGGCGUUCUCCCUCCUCCACGAUCCCGACAUCGCCGCCCAAAUCUCUGAGCUCCUCCGGCGGCCGGACUCCAGCGCCGGCGACAACAACCUCUGCCGGUGGCUUUACGACACGUUCCACUCCUCCGGCGAGCCGGACCUCCACCUCGUCGUCCUCCGCUUCCUCCCCAUCAUAGUCGGGGUCUACCUCUCCCGCGUCGCCGCCCUCCACAAGCCCCUCGCCGGCUUCGAGGCCAUCCUCUUGGCCCUGUACGACCACGAAACCGGGGCCCGCAACGGUCACGCGGUGACCGUUACGAUCCCGGACCUCUCCCACUCCAGCAUCUACCACGAGACCAAACAGGCCUCGAAGAGCUGCGCCACGGAGCUAGCCUUGGCGGUCAUUUCGCCGAGCCUGGAGCCGUGCCGCAGCGUCCGGUCCACGAAGCGGGCCAGGAUCGUGGGGACCGCUUUGGAGUUAUUCUACAGCAAAAUCUCACAAAUGCCCCUCCGGGCCAAGAUGGACUUUUGCGAGUUCUGUCAAUCCUUGGGAGGGGACGAGAAGAAGGGGGAGAGGAGGGUAAAUAUGUCAAGGGAAAUACUGCAGCCGGCGUUGAGGAUAUUAGGGCACUGUCUGAUGGGGAAUGGGAAGGAGGGGGAGUUGGAGACGGCGGCGCGUGAGGCGUGUAGGCGUCUAUACAACAGAGCUAUGCGUGACGUCAGCCCUAAGGAUAUUCUUGCCACCGGCAGCCUCCUUAAGCUUGCGUCAUCUUCGGCCGGUAAAAAUGAGGGAGGGAUGGUCGAUUACACUGAGAUCACAUUUACCAAUAAGAUCACUCUUUAGUUUAUGAAAAAGGAUUAAAAGGAAAGCUCACCAUUGAUACGAUUAUUAUUUAUCUUUUUGAAAGCAGGAAUUAUUUAUAUGCCUAUUAGAAAUUUUGAUGUGAAAAAGUGAAAUUCAUUCAUUCCCGUAACAAAUUUCUUAGCUUCCU